AUAGAUAUAAAAACUACGUUCUUGUACAGCGACAUCGAUAUAGAAAUCUACGUUAACCUACCGCUAGGAUUUAAAGUAAAAGGAAAGGUCUACAAACUCAAAAAGGUACUCUAUAGAUUAAAGCAAGCUCCGCGAAUAUACUUCUCUCUAUAUCUAUUAGACUCCGUAGUUUUCAAGAAAGACAAUUACUUUAUCCUAGUAUACGUUAAUAACUUACUUAUUACUAGACCUAACUUAAAAUUUAUUUAA